CACGCUGAUCAGAGGGAAAUGCAAAUCGUGAGGAAAGUACUGCCGAGAACCGGCAGUUGUCAGUGCGGGGAUCGGCACCGAGCAUCAGGGCACUGAUGAUCAGUGCCCUGAUGAUCGGUGCCCAGCAGUGCCACCCGCAAGUUCCGCCCACCUGUGCCCAGCAGUGCGCCCCUAGCUCCGCCCUAGCUCCGCCCAGCAGUGCACCCACCUGUGCCACUCUGCAGUGCCGCCCACCAGUGCCACCCACCAGUGCAGCCCAGCAGUGCCGCCAG